AUGGAAGACACUCUAGCUCCGUUCACCCAAACGGACGCAGAACGACAAGAACCGCGGGUUCAACAAUAUAUCCAGACAGCUGGUCACAUAAAUGACCUCCAAGUCCAUCAACAGACCAGGACUACUACUAGCACCCCGAGCUCCCACGGCACAUCUGGCUCUAACUGGGACAUCAAGGAAGUCAACGCCGUCCGAGCGAUCCCACUGCUCAAUCUUCCACCAAGGCGGAUCGUCCCAGCGAAAUUCUUCCCAGGGAAUGGUCAUUCAGAAUUUGCAUAUAUGCGCCGAUCAAUCCAGGCUGCAUCUAUUGACGAUCUCAAGGCCUUCAUCUCAGCAAGAUAUGAGGGGAACCCGUUCCUAGCAUUCUUCUUUGACCUAGCGGGGCUUAUCACCACCGAUACUUCAGAAGCAACCAUCGCUCGCGCGCACCAAAGGAGUGUCAGCGGAGAUUCCAUCCAUUCAGAUCUCUCCACGCCCAGUGAUGAGGACAGCUGCGAAAGUGCAAGUGUUCAGGCGCUCAAAUCCUUUACAAAAGCUGUCAUGUCGUAUAUGGGAAAUGAUACAUAUUUGUUUCCUCGAACCUUUAACCGUGUCCAUUUCAAAAGUAUCCCUAACAACAUCGAAUUCAGAUGGAGAAUGGCAGGGACCACAUAUGUCGCUGUGAAUGAUGGAUCUGUGGGAUGUAAAUCGCGACAUGCUGGGGGAAUUAAGCGAAGUUCUGGAGAACCGGAGAAAUUCAACCCAACGGUUUUUGCCCAGGAGGUAGGCGAAAUGAUUGGGAGUGUGGGCGCUCAGCGAUCUAGGCCUGUUCUCAUAAAACAUACUAGCGACCAGGAGGCCUUUGUGAUCUGCAUGCACGGAACGCUAUUCUAUAUAAGCGCGGCAUAUUUUUCGCCGGAAUAUAUCCAUUAUAUCGAGACAACCGAGCCUACGACGAUCGCUGCUGGGGAGAAUCUUCUAUGGAUUCGAAGAUCCAUUCAUUUUGAUCUGAAAUGCCCGGAGGAUAGAGGCCAGGCGUUGAAGUUUUUCUGGGCGCUGGUGAAGUAUAUUGCCAGCGGGGAAGCGCGAUCGAAUAUGGUGGCUGCAGCAAUUGAUGCUGCGAGGGACAUUCCAGUCGAAUGA